CCGGCCUGCCCCGCGCAGCCGUCCCCGGAAGUGAACUCGGCGUCGCGGGUGGCCGGGGUUUCCGCGCCACGCUGUGGCCUCGCGUGUCCGCGGCUCCAUCGCGGGGCGGCGGAGCUCGACGGGCGGGGGCUGGUCGGCGGCCGCCAUGGCCGGGGAGCAGGACAUGUUAGACGCUGUCGUGAUGGCAGAUGAGAGGUUUCACAGGGAAGGGUACCGGGAAGGCUAUGAAGAAGGAAGCAGCCUGGGUAUGAUCGAAGGGAGACAGCAUGGCACGCUCCAUGGAGCUAAAGUCGGAUCUGAAAUCGGGUGCUACCGAGGCUUCGCGUUGGCUUGGAGAGGCCUCCUGCACGGUUGCGCCACUGAGAGAGACAGCAAAAAGAUGAAGGUCUUAGAGGCAUUGAUUGGGAUGAUUCAGAAGUUCCCUUACGAUGACCCUACUUACGAUAGACUUCACGAAGACUUAGACAGAAUUAGAGGGAAGUUUAAGCAGUUUUGUUCAUUACUGAACGUUCAGCCCGACUUUAAAGUCAGCACGGAAGGUUCUGGACUUUCAUUCUGAGGACGACAGAUGAACAAAGACAGGACAUCAAGGAGCAGAUGUUCGUGUGUUGAGUGUUGAAAAAUGUGAUUAAAGGCAUUCAGUGAGGAGGAUUCAUCGUUCUGCAGGGUCGGUUCCAGUCUGGCCGGUGAAAGGGCCCCGUUCCCCAAGGUCCCCCUGUGUGGCCUCCGUCACCCACCCUCCAGGGGCCCCUCCACACAAGCCCAUCCCUGGUUGGGUCCUGUCUGCCCCGCAGUCUGGGCGCGGCCCUGGCAGAGCCCUCGAAGGCUGCUCGUCUCCGCUCCAGGGUCCAGGCCGCCAGCUCAUGGGUCCCCGCCACCUGGCAGGCCUGGCUGGAUGCAGACCUGGCUCUGGAUGGAAGAGACACCCCUGUUACUCCCCGGGCUUGGUCAGUGCUCAGAGGGGCCGUUUUUUAAAAACGAGGAGACAGGGUUGGCCCGGCAGGAGUGACGGGCACUGUGGCGUGUACUGAGCCUCGAGAUGCGCCAGCGCUUUGUGACCUGCUCCUGGUGUUUUAUUUCACCCCUUCGGGAGCCCACGAGGCGGGCGUUACGAAUGGUUUAUAGAGGAACCCGAGGCCUGAGAGACCGCCCCGUCCAAGGGCUGGGACUCCGGCCCUGGCGCUCACCAGUCUCCUGGUGCCCGGCCCGGGACACACGCCCGCACCCACAGGCCCGGGUCCCCGCCCGCAGUCCGCGCUGUGCUCAUCGCCUCCUGUGCCCUGGACGUGGGCAUCCGGCUGAGAGGAGGAGAGGCCGGCCGCGUCCCUGGGGAGCCGGGACACCUCCAUGGACGCGGGCAUCCGGCGGAGAGGAGGAGAGGCCGGCCCUGUCCCCAGAAGCAGGGACGUGCCCUUCCACGUCCCUGGGUGCGGGGAGGUACCCUGCUGUUAAGAACGGUCUCGGGGGAAGAUCUGAAGGUCGCCGCUCUGCCUACAGACACCUUGGGGUCGCUGUGAGUCCGUUCUAGCUUUUACAAUCCUCCCAGAGCAUUUGGGUGCACUCUGCUCCUCUGGCAGCUGCUGAGGGUCCCUGCGGGGCUUGGACAUUCAGCUGGCUGGGCACCGAGGGAGGAACGUCUUCUCGAGGCUGGUGGACACACUGCGGCUCUGCCCGGGUCGCUGUCCGCGCGUCUGGCCGUGUGCUCCUGGCCUGCAGCCCCUUCUUAGCUCUGGGUGGGCCGGGCCUCAGCCCGCCGUUGUCACAGAGACCGCCAGCUCAUCUCCGUCCAGCGGGGUGGAGGGCUCUGUUGUGUUCCUGGGCGGAAUUUUGUGUUUCCUUGGAUAAUGUAUUAUUUUUAUAAUUAGAGAAAAAUAAACAGCAUAUUUUAAAGCCAAA